GCGGGGCCGGGCGGCCCAUGGGGCCGGGCCGCGCUGCCCAUGGAGCCGCCGCGCAGCUGCGGCGAUGGCGCGGAGGAGGAGAAGAAGCCGCGGCGGCGGGGCGGCGGAGCGGACGCGGGGCCGCCUCAGCUGCGGCGGCGGAGCAGCGGUGGCGCGGACGGUGCGGCGGGGCCGCAGCCCCGCGAGCGCGGCGGGUCCGUGAGCCGGCAGCGGCGGGACUCGGUCCGCAAGAACCGCCCGCUCUUUCCCUGGUUUGGCCUGGACAUUGGAGGGACCCUGGUGAAACUCGUCUAUUUUGAACCCAAGGACAUCACGGCGGAAGAGGAAGAGGAAGAAGUGGAAAACCUCAAAAGCAUCCGCAAAUACCUGACAUCCAACGUAGCCUAUGGCUCCACAGGCAUUCGGGAUGUGCACCUUGAGCUCAGGGACCUUACCCUGUGUGGACGUAAAGGCAAUCUGCACUUUAUACGCUUUCCUACUCAUGACAUGCCUGCUUUUAUCCAAAUGGGAAGCGAAAAGCACUUCUCGAGCCUCCAUACUACCUUAUGUGCCACGGGAGGUGGAGCGUACAAAUUUGAGCAGGACUUUCGCACAAUGGGUGACCUUGAGCUUUGCAAGCUCGAUGAACUCGAUUGCCUUAUUAAAGGGGUGUUGUACAUCGACUCCGUGGGAUUCAAUGGACACUCGGAGUGUUACUAUUUUGAGAACCCAACGGAUGCUGAGAGGUGCCAGAAGCUCCCAUUCAACCUGGAGAAUCCAUACCCUCUCCUCCUGGUGAACAUUGGCUCAGGGGUCAGCAUUCUGGCUGUCUACUCCAAAGAAAACUAUAAACGGGUAACGGGCACCAGCCUUGGAGGGGGAACCUUUUUUGGUCUCUGCUGCCUUCUCACGGGAUGCUCCACCUUCGAGGAGGCUCUGGAAAUGGCAUCCCAGGGGGACAGCACCAAAGUGGACAAACUGGUGCGGGACAUCUACGGGGGAGACUACGAGCGGUUCGGGUUGCCAGGCUGGGCUGUGGCAUCCAGCUUUGGAAACAUGAUGAGCAAGGAGAAGAGGGAAUCUGUCAGCAAGGAGGACCUGGCCAGGGCCACCUUAAUCACCAUCACCAACAACAUCGGCUCCAUAGCGCGGAUGUGUGCGCUCAACGAGAACAUCAACCGCGUGGUGUUCGUGGGCAACUUCCUUCGGAUCAACACCAUCUCCAUGAGGCUCCUGGCGUAUGCCCUGGACUACUGGUCAAAGGGACAGUUAAAAGCACUUUUCUUGGAACAUGAGGGUUACUUCGGCGCGGUCGGUGCUCUCCUGGAACUCCUGGACUCCGCCUGACCCCCUGCAGACUGUGUUGGACCCACGGAUUCGGGGCACUCCCUGGGCUGCUGGUUUGGAGGUCACUGAGCCCACGUUUCACCUGCUCAGACUGUUCCCUGGGGUGCCCUGUGGGGUCAGCCCAGGGCUGGGUGUUUGUCUGUGAGAGAUGAAAUCCAUCUGGGAUGCCAGCGCAGGUUUGUUCCAAAGGACGUGCGUGGGAAGCACUGGCUGGAUGUGGGGGUGUAUGGGAAGGUCUGUGGGGCAUUUCAGUCACAUGAAAUUGCCCUUUUUAGGUAGUUUACUCCGUGUUUAAUGGCGGUGACAAAGCAGAGGACGGGCACUCUGCUCCUCCCACCGGGAUCCCUCGGAGUGCUGAGUGCCCAGGUCACAGUUCUCUGUUCACAGUCAAAGCUGUUGCGUUCUCCAUGUGCUGGGAAGGGUCUGGGAAGAGGGAAGAGCAUCAGCAUUAGCCCUGUUGUGUAACUCCCUACAGAGCACUUGAUCCGUGGUGGCCUGUGGGACACCCUGUGCUGGCAGCCAGGCUUUGUUCCUGUUCCACACGUCCUUAUCUCUGUCCUAGGGAUGGAAGGUACGGCACAGCACGGAUCUGUGCCUUGGGGGGAUUCCCAUUUCAGCCUCCAGCACUCCUACACAGCCCCUUUGGGACAGUGUUAGGGGUGUCUGCCUGUCAGCCUCCAGCCUUGAGAUCUAAAAGCAGAUUUGAGGAUGAAAUGGUGGGAUUUGUUGUUUGUUUGUUCGGGAUUUUCCCUCCAUUAUCAAACUUGGCUGCACAGAGCUCCACCAAAGAGACGCUUCCUUCGGUCACACUCGGAUCUCUGUCACGUUCCAUGUUGCAUUUAUUAAUGGCUGCACUCCUGGCGUUUUUGGGGAAUCCUCCCCCUUCCCACGUGCGUGCUGUGCUCCCAGUUUUCCCUGUGCCUGCUCCCACACAGCCCGCGAGCGAGGUGGAACCCCUGUGGAAGCUGCACCCUUGGGAUGGGGUUGGGAUGGAUCCUGCACGCUCAAUAAACGCUCUCUCAAAGCAA